GUGUGUCCGCGAGAAAAACACAGGACAUGAAUCCGGUGACAUGUCACGAAAGAAGAUUUUGGUCAAAAAUUUAACGAGAAAUAAUUAAAGAAGAACGACAGAAGCAACUUGAUCAAGGAAUAUGGCAGCGUCAGUGAUGGAUCUGAGAUCUAAGCGUACCAAGGCAGUUCCCCCUCGCAGCCUCUUUGGAACAAUUGUCGAGAUCAAAGAUGAACAGGCCCUUGCUGAAACCGGACAGGCCGAAGCCUUGCCAACGCCAGCAAAACCAGACAAAUUGGCGUCUUACAGGGAUCCUAAGGCGGACACAAUUAUCAAAGCCAAUGAAGUAGAACUACGAAAACAGGCUCACAAAGUCAAACAUGCUAGUGGGAAUCUAGAUGAGAUGCAACACUAUGCCAUCCACUUCAAUCCAGAUCCAGACACGAUCAAACCUCAAAUUCCAGUCGGAGCUCUCACAUUCAGUCCAAAGAGGAACUAUAGCCCCUAUCAGAAUGACGUCAAACACAACCCACGAGAUAUUGCACUCGGGGAGCAGUUCAACAGGCUUGGCUUAGACCAAAGAAUGGACUACAAUUACGAGAGAUUUCGCCAACCGGCAAAGAACUCCAAGUACCAGCAUGCUGGGAAUGCUCUUGGUAAAGGUGGCAUGUUUUCCUACAAAGGAAAAAAAUACGCAACUGUCCAGGGUAGGGGUUCGAAAUCAAGAUCUGGUACUGGCCUUGCCCCAGUUGAGUUCCCAAACAAAGUGAAAUCUGAUGACAUUUUCUACAUCCCCGCAAACAUCAGGCACACUCACGGGCAGGACUUGUGUAACACUUUACUGAAAAAUCCAGAAGAGUUCCGCCAAUCCAUGGAAGCGAAAGAGCCGGCCAGACGCAGAAUGGUUGUGAAGUCAUCACCAUCUGACCAUAUUGCAUUGACCUCAGAGCCUUUUUACGAUGCACUCGGCAAUGCUCUUAGACAAGAUAUCUUCAACGGUGUGGCUCACAGUCAUAUCAAAAGCUUAAAUACAAGCUCCUACACUGACGAAGUGGCAUCCAAGUCAACUGAAAGUUACCCUCCAAAGUUUGGUGUGCAAAGAAAUGCAGAUAGUAAAUGGAAUGAGGAUAAUGUUCUGAGACAGCGCAUGAAGAAACAGUGGGACAACAUGCUGCAAGGUGGGAAGAAGGACUAAAGAUUGUUCUUGAAGAAAGCCAAUGUACAGCAUACUGGCCUGGAAUUUCAUCUAUGAGAGGGCAAGGCCAUUUUCAUUUUGCAAAGGGCACUUGAAUUAUAAAAUCUUACAGUCUAUUGAAACUUUAUAAAGGGGGACCAGUGGCCAAUAGAUAGGGCAACAGAGACCAGGCCUGAUACUUUACGGAGGCAUCCAUGCCCCCUACCCUGGCCAUUGCCUUGGUGCCCUAGGAAUGCUCCAGUAGAACUUUACAAUUUCCUCAUAGGGUGCCC